AUGCCUCUUUGUGUCGAGUGCCGGAUAACGCUGAGCUUUCAGAUCGGAGCGUGUAAAUCCCCGCGACUGCGCUCCUCUCCAUCCCGUUACACUCCUGAGCGUGUGAACCCCCCGCGACUGCGCUCCUCUCCAUCCCGUUAUACUCCUGAGCGUGUGAACCCCCCGCGACUGCGCUCCUCUCCCUCCCGUUACACUCCUGAGCGUGUAAACCCCCCGCGACUGCGCUCCUCUCCAUCCCUUUACACUCCUGAGCGUGUAAACCCCCCGCGACUGCGCUCCUCUCCCUCCCGUUACACUCCUGAGCGUGUAAACCCCCCGCGACUGCGCUCCUCUCCCUCCCGUUACACUCCUGAGCGUGUAAACCCCCCGCGACUGCGCUCCUCUCCCUCCCGUUACACUCCUGAGCGUGUAAACCCCCCGCGACUGCGCUCCUCUCCCUCCCGUUACACUCCUGAGCGUGUAAACCCCCCGCGACUGCGCUCCUCUCCAUCCCGUUACACUCCUGAGCGUGUAAACCCCCCGCGAUUGCGCUCCUCUCCAUCCCGUUACACUCCUGAGCGUGUAAACCCCCCGCGACUGCGCUCCUCUCCAUCCCGUUACACUCCUGAGCGUGUGAACCCCCCGCGACUGCGCUCCUCUCCAUCCCGUUACACUCCUGAGCGUGUAAACCCCCCGCGACUGCGCUCCUCUCCAUCCCUUUACACUCCUGAGCGUGUGAACCCCCCGCGACUGCGCUCCUCUCCAUCCCGUUACACUCCUGAGCGUGUGAACCCCCCGCGACUGCGCUCCUCUCCAUCCCGUUACACUCCUGAGCGUGUAAAUCCCCCCGCGACUGCGCUCCUCUCCAUCCCGUUACACUCCUGA